ACAACACAAGUGGUGAUGAUGAUGUAGAUCUCCAUCCAAAAUCCUAUCUUCGUCAUGCCACCGUCCCACCAUCUAAGUGUCCAUUUCUCAUCCCUACAUUCUCAUCUCACACUCUUACAUUAACCCCUCUUCCGACAUUUUCCUAGGUAUUACACCUCCUCCGACAUGAAGUCUUUGAACGUCUUCAAUCCAUGGCUUCAAACCACCUCUAUCUCCACUCACUCCAACUCUUUCAUUACAACCUUUUACAAACAACUCAGACCCACUUGCCCCAAUCUCAAAUCAGCCCGACCCAUCUCCUCUGUUCUCGCUAAUCAACAAACCCAACAGACCCAGACCCAAACGGGGUCGUUUAAUUUCAAAUCUUACAUGAUCGAGAAAGCUGUAUCGGUUAAUACUGCCCUCAACGACGCCGUUUUGGUGCAAGAGCCACCGAUGAUACACGAGGCGAUGCGGUACUCACUCCUCGCCGGCGGCAAGCGUGUCCGGCCAAUGUUAUGCAUCGCCGCCUGCGAGCUCGUCGGCGGGCGCGAGUCGUUCGCCAUGCCUGCUGCUUGCGCCGUCGAAAUGAUACACACCAUGUCUCUAAUACACGAUGACUUGCCUUGUAUGGAUAACGACGAUCUCCGGCGCGGAAAGCCCACGAACCACAAGGUCUACGGCGAGGACGUGGCGGUCCUCGCCGGAGAUUCGUUACUAGCCUUCGCAUUCUACCACAUAGCCACCUCGACCAAGGGGGUGAGUCCCCGCAGAAUCAUACAAGCCGUUGGGGAGCUGGCCAAGGCUAUUGGGACACAAGGGCUCGUCGCUGGCCAAGUCGUGGAUAUCUUAUUAACCGGCGAUUCAUCGGUCGGAUUGGAUCAGCUUGAAUUCAUACACAUUCAUAAGACGGCGGCAUUGCUGGAGGCAUCGGUGGUUCUGGGAGCCAUUUUGGGGGGUGGGGAGGAAGAGGAAGUGGAGAAACUGAGAAAGUUUGCGAGGUGUGUGGGACUGUUGUUUCAAGUGGUGGAUGAUAUUCUUGAUGUGACCAAGUCGUCUCAACAACUGGGGAAAACGGCGGGGAAGGAUUUGAUGGUGGAUAAAUCAACGUAUCCCAAGCUCAUGGGGUUGGAGAAAUCCAGAGAGUUUGCUCAAAAGUUGAACAGAGAAGCUAAGGAUCAGCUUCUGGGGUUUGAUGAGGCCAAGGCAGCUCCUCUACUUGCAUUGGCUGAUUACAUUGCUUAUAGGGAAAAUUAGUAGUUAGAGGGAACUUCGACAUAUGCUGUUCACAGCUCGUCAAUUAGCAAGGACAUGUCAAAAAUUCUUACAGUUAUAUCAUUUUAAAAUUACAGAACCAUCCGUGAAAUUUGAAAACUGGAAAAGAGUGUAUUCUAAGAUUUUGUUCCUGAUCUAUCCGUGUGCAUUAUGUUGAAUUUCAAGUUUAGUAUUAGUUCUUGUUGAUUUUUGCUUUUGUAUCAAAUGUGUAUUCAGUUUCUUUCAUGGCUGUGUAAAGGUUUUGUUUGACACCGGGCGUUUGGAUGGUUUGUACAUUCUUCUCAA